AUGUUGGAGGAUAGCAAUGUAAAAACGUCGCUGGAAAAUGUAUUACAGGAGACAGGAGAUCCGGCAUUAGCAAAAAAGUGGAAAAUGGACGUCAUCCCGGCUGUGAAAUCCUUUAUUCCGGAAAUUAUUUCUUCCAUAGAAACAGAGAAGAAAUAUAUUUAUUUCAAGAAGUUAUCGGAAAACGCCCACAUCCCAACUUAUGGAUCAGCAUGGGCAGCUGGGGCUGAUCUGUACAGCGCCUAUGAUUGUGUGAUACCCGCAAAGGAUAAAGCUUCUGUUGGAACAGAUCUACAAAUUGAAAUUCCGCGAGGCUAUUAUGGUAGAAUAGCGCCACGCUCGGGUCUUGCCAUAAAAAAAUUCAUUGAUGUAGGUGCCGGAGUUGUUGAUUCGGACUACAGAGGUCAGCUCAGUGUAGUGCUUUUCAAUUUUGGUACUGAAGAUUUCCAAGUGAAGAAAGGCGAUCGAAUAGCUCAGUUCAUCUGUGAGAAAAUUGCUCAUUGUGAAUUCGUUGAGGUUAAAUCGCUAGAAAAAAGUGGACGUGGUACAGAUGGAUUUGGUUCAACAGGUGUUUAG